AGCCAUUUUCGUGAAGGGUGUUAAGCUAGCGACCCCUUCAAAGUAGUACUUUAGAUGGGAAAAUGUAGGAUGCUUCCGGGUCUAGUUAUCUAUUGUGGGGCUAGGCGGCAAGAAAAGGCCUCUAUCAUUCAGAUCGAAAGGUGUCUAAUUCGUGUCCCUUAUUCCACGUCCUCCAAAUUAUUUGUUUCCUUAGUCGUAGGAAGAACUAUUAAGCAAGAGCAGAAAGUGGGUCCUUCGACUUUUAAUGAUGUGCUCCAAACCCUGGGACACAGAACGGAAGUCUAGAAGGAUUAAGUACCUCCCAGGGAAUGGAGCCCUGGUCCUUUAAGGGUGUGCCAAGGGGCGGAGUCUAGAGCGGAAGUUAUAAGUCAGGGCCGAAGUCCAGCUGAAGAAGGGCGGAAGCUGAGUUUGGGUCCAAAAGCACAAUCAUGGCGCUGGAAGGGGAAGAUUUUAGAGAUUACAAUUUGACUGAGGAGCAGAAGGCGAUCAAGGCCAAGUAUCCUCCAGUCAAUCGGAAGUACGAGUAUUUGGAUCAUACAGCGGAUGUUCAGUUACAUGCCUGGGGAGAUACUCUGGAGGAAGCAUUUGAGCAAUGUGCAAUGGCCAUGUUUGGUUACAUGACAGAUACUGGAACGGUGGAGCCCCUCCAAACAAUGGAAGUAGAAACCCAAGGAGAUGACUUACAGUCUCUUCUGUUUCACUUUUUGGAUGAAUGGCUUUAUAAAUUCAGUGCUGAUGAAUUCUUCAUACCACGGGAAGUGAAAGUACUUAAUAUUGAUCAAAGAAAUUUCAAAUUACGGUCAAUUGGGUGGGGAGAAGAAUUCUCAUUGUCCAAGCACCCUCAGGGAACUGAAGUCAAAGCAAUAACAUAUUCAGCAAUGCAGGUUUAUAAUGAAGAGAAGCCAGAAGUUUUUGUGAUCAUUGACAUUUAAGAUAAAAAAGAAGAGACUCCUCUGAAGAAUUUUUUUCCUCUUCCUUUUGAGAAGAAACCAUGAUAUAAAUUCUACAGUAUCUGUUAAGAUACAUAGUUAUACAGAACAGAAAUUUUUUUUUUUCUGUCUUUUUGCCAUUUCUUGGGCCACUCUCAUGGCACAUGGAGGUUCCCAGACUAGGGGUCGAAUCGGAGCCACAGCCGCUGGCCUACAUCAGAGCCACAGCAACGCGGGAUCCCAGCCACAUCUGCCAUCCACACCACAGCUCACGGCAACGCUGGAUCCCCAACCCACUGAGCAACACCAGGAUCCAACCCGCAACCUCAUGGUUCCUAGUUGGAUUCAUUAACCACUAUGCCACGACGGGAACUCCCUAGAACAGAAAUUUUUAACUUAAACCAUGAUUUUCAUGGGAGUUCCUGUUGUGAUACAGCAGAAAAUGAGUCUGACUAGUGUCCAUGGGAAUGCGGGUUCAAUCCCUGGCCUUGCUGUGGCUGUGGUGUAGUCUGGCAGCUGCAGCUCUGAUUUAACCCCUUGCCUGGGAACUUCCAUAUGCUAUGGGUGCAGCCCUAAAAAAAUUUUUUUUUAAAUGUAACUUUCAGAAAUGGAAAAUUAAGGUACAGUCUUGGUCUGUUACCCAAAUAUUUACAUUCUAAAGAAUUCUUCAGGUAACAAGUAUGGCUCUUCAAUUAUUAAUUUCCUGCUAUAGCAGCAGGAGCCUUACACCCUUCCGAUGGAAUGCAAGUCCUCCAGAGCCUGGUCUUAAGAAAGAUCAUUGAUGAUAGAGCAGCCUGGGAGAACUGAAGCCCUUGUGCUCUUAUCAAACGCAGUCUGAAAAAAAAGGAAUUUGAGAAGUCCUACAACCAGGAUUUUGCUUUUCUUCCAAAUUGUUAAGACAUAUUUUCUAUAUGUACAUUAGAAGAGGUUGUAUUUAGAUUGCCCUGUGGAAAAGGGCCAUCCUAUAUUCCAGUUGGUUUUUUAAGAUGAAAUACUUAUAUUUGAACAAUUGGAAGGCUUCUCUAGAAGGAACCCUGAUUUGUUUUCUCUCACUUUUUUUUUUUUUUUUUGUCUUUUUAGGGCCACAUGUGCAGCAUAUGCAGGUUCCUAGGCUAGGGGUUGAGUCAGAGCUGAAGCUGCUGGCCCACACCACAGCCACGGCAAUGAAGGAUCUGAGCCACACCACAGCUCACGGCAGCACCAGAUCCUUAACCCACUAAGCAGUGCCAGGGAUCGAACCUGAGUCCUCAUGGAUAAUAGGUUUGUUUUCACUGAGUCGUGACGGGAACUCCCUCUCAUGUUUUUUUAAGCACUGAUGUAUUGAUACUUUCCAAUUUUCCCAUAAGAGAAAAUUGAUGCAUAUGCAAAUGGGCCCUUCUUUCAAACAUGUAUAUUUACCUACGUUAUAUGUACAAAUAUAUUAGGUAUGUACAUGUAUAUAAUACAAAUGUUAUCUAUAUAUAUAA